AUGAAUAAUUCAUUUAGAAUAUCUUUAGGUUUAGUGGCCAUUGGGUUUUUGGUUAAACAAUUGGUCGAUUAUUAUACCGAAGAAAAACUCACCAAAUUACCUCCUACAUCUCGUGGUAUUGAAAGUCUUGUUGGGAAUACUCCUUUAAUAGAGAUCAAGUCAUUAUCUAAAUUAACUAAUUGUAAGAUAUAUGCUAAAUUAGAAUUAAAUAAUCCUGCUGGAAGUGCUAAGGAUAGAGUUGCAUUAGCUAUCAUCAGAGCUAAUGAAAAACAAGGAAAUCUUAUACCUAAUAAUGGAGAUAUCAUAUUUGAAGGAACUUCAGGCUCAACAGGUAUAUCAUUUGCUUUGUUAUCUAAUGCUUUAGGUUAUGAUACUCAUAUUUGUUUACCAGAUGAUACUGCUGAAGAGAAAGUCAGAUUAUUGGAAAGUUUGGGAGCUACCAUCGAACCUGUACGACCAGCAUCUAUAGUGGAUCCAGAACAAUAUGUCAAUGCUGCUAGAUCAAGAGCCGCAGCCAUUAAUGAUAAAUCCGAUGGCCAAAAUGCUAUAUUUGCUGACCAAUUUGAAAAUGAUUUCAAUUGGAGAGUUCAUUAUGAAACCACCGGUCCAGAGAUUUAUACUCAAUUGAAUGGAGAUAUCGAUUGUUUCAUAAAUGGUUCAGGUACAGGAGGUACAAUAGCAGGAGUUGGGAAGUAUUUAAAACAACAUAAACCUCAAGUUAAAGUGGUGUUGGCAGAUCCUCAAGGUUCAGGAUUAGCUAAUAGAAUCAAUUUUGGGGUUAUGUACGAUAAUGUUGAAAAGGAAGGUACUAGAAGAAGACAUCAAGUAGAUACUAUAGUAGAAGGGAUUGGAUUGAAUAGACUUACCUGGAACUUCAAACAAGCAGAACCGUUUAUAGAUAAAGCCAUUAAGGUACUGGAUUCACAAGCUAUUAAGAUGGCGAAGUUUUUAUGUGUUAACGAUGGAUUAUUUUGGGGUUCAUCAGCAGCUAUUAAUUGUGUUGCUGCCGUCAAAAUGGCUUUGGAAAUGGGUCCUGGUCAUAACAUAGUCGUUGUUGCCUGUGAUUCUGGGUCAAGACAUUUAUCAAAAUUCUGGAAGGAAGCUAGAGCUGUACCUAAUGAUAUCAAAUUGUACGAUGUUCUUGAGUAA